AUGGUUGACAACGCGACUUUGUCAAGUGGCAAGUCAGAUGGAAUGAGACCUCACCAAGGCCAUGCACAAGAACGACCUCGCCAGGGCGAUGCAAAAGGAAAACCUCACCAGAGCGAUGCAAAAGAAAAACUUCACCAGGAUGAUGCAAAAAGAAGCCCUCACCAAGGCGAUGCAAAAGUAAGGUCGCAGAAGGGCCGAUACAUACAGCCCCAGGUUAAGUCCCAUUCCGUCAAUCCCAAACGAGUUCUUAAGGAAGCACGGGCCUGCAACCUCAAGAAGCAACGCAAUGACUUCACGACACGAUACCACGACGAGUUCAGGAAAGAAGUGGGCAGCAACGAGAACAUAUUACACGAACUCGCGAACAGCAAAGAUUCGUGGAGUGCUCAUGAAACGAAGACUUUCCUGCCCUGGUUUCUGCGAGACUAUUACGGACUUCUGAAACACGCCGGUCUCCUGCGAUAUCCUCCACUACAUCUUGCCUUGACUGAAGAGAACCACCCAUUCGUUGAAGCGGUCCUCACAUUGGAUGGACUGAAGAAUCUACCGGAGGUCUUGGAACUUACCAGCCCGCGGGGCAAUGCUCUACAUGUGGCAAUACAAGUCGCCUCACCAUUCGUUCGUCUCAUUAUCGCGAAGAGCCGGUUGUCUGUCCUCGAGGGCAAGUGCGGGGAGUUUGGCGACACACCACUUCAUAUUGCGAUGAGGGCAAAGGUUGGCACGGACGACAUCAAUGACGUGCUUGUGGAGUGCGAGGAAUUCGAGCAUGCAUUCUCAAGAAGGGCUCAGGACCAAGUGCAAGCACUGGAGCCAGUUGCAACAGUCGAGCUCGAACACCGUCGUAGUUCAGAUUAUCGGGCUUCGUCCACAAAGGCUGUAGCGUCCGAGCCAAGUGUACAACGAUCUGUAACGUCCGAGCAGAGCGUGAAGGGGGCUGUGACGUCCGAGCAAAGUGUGCGGGGAGCCGUAGCAUCCGACCAAAGUGUACAGGGAGUUGUGGCGUCCGAGCAAAGUGUAGAGGGAGCUCUGGCGUCUGAACAGAACUUGGAGGGAGCUGUAACGUCCGAUCGGAGUGUGCAGGGAGCUGUGGCGUCCGCGCAAAAUGUAGAGGGAGGGGCCGACACCACGGAGCAAAUGCCAAAGGAUUCGCAACUCCAAACAGACGAGCUUGUGGAACUUUUGAUUCACAAGUGCCCAGCGGCAUUGCAACAUCGCAACAACGCAGGAAGAACUCCUUAUCAAGAGCGAGAAAGAUUUAUGAGGAACUCAGAUGAAGUCAGGGACGCACUCCAGAACAUUGCAAACGAGGACGAAGAGCCAGAUAAGUGGGAGCGGGCGUUUAGGAUGGUCUUCAUCGAAGACUUGAUUGCAUCCUACAUCAGAUCGUAUUGCGUGCACGAGUUCGAUCGGGACCGCAUCACGCGAUGCUUAUACCAUCCUGGUGAAGGUAGGCGCCAAAGAUUCAGAUCCCGAUACCAGCUGAGCCAUCCUGCAGAGAGACACAUCGAAUUUGACCUUGCGGGUCUCCCACAUCCGUCGAUUCCUCAAUCAUACCUUGAUCGCUUGGCCAAUCACUUGCAAUUUGAGAGCAUUCUCAAAUACGUUGCUUUGCCAAGAAUGACGAUUGAGACUCCAAAGCAACUGAUGCGCUCCAAAGAAUCUCCGAAGAAGCCUCGUGGGGGUCUGACCGACAUGAAAAUCAUCUUCAACUGGUUACGGAUGAAUGACGCACGAAAGAUCGUCAAAGUCAUCGUCCUUGACGAUGGCCCUAUAGCACACUCCGACAACGCCAUCCGCAAAGCAUUGGGUGGAUUCGAUAUCGAAGUGUGGGACUGGAAAAAGGUGGAUAUGUGUAGUGAUGUGAUAUGUGGAUCCACCGGAAUCGUGAGAGAGAUAUCACUGUAUUCAUCCGGCAAAAACGCCGUGUUGAUGGGCUGGGCUAGUGACCAAGGGUUCUUAGAUGAUUUAAAGUUCCCAAAGCUAAAAGCGGUGAAUCUCUUCAUCAGAGAGGGGCAGGAGGAUCUGAAAACCUUGACGCAAUACAUCUCUACCUUCAAGCAACGCUUGGAGCAUCGCCGAGAGAUUUCAGUCAGCCACGUCCUGGAUAACAACGAGGUUAGCUACGCUUCGGAGUUCCAAACUCCUGAAGCUUCGCUUCACCAGGAGAAUCCAUGGAUUAAAGUGAUGAAGGACUUCGCCAGCUUCCUACGCAACAUUCCGGGAGCAGGAUCAAAACAAGUCAAGGUGGCAAUUAUAGACGACGGAUUCGACGCGUCUAUGGACACGAUCGAUGACAAGUUGAUCGCAGGCGGAAAGUCGUUUUGCCCGCAUCCAAACUCAACCGAUCUCAUGAAUGCGUACUUUGUACCCUCUGGAAAACACGGGACGCGGAUGGCAACGCUGAUAUCCCAAAUAUGUCCGCACAUCCGUCUGUAUAUCGCGAGACUGGAUGAGCAUCCAACUCUGGACGGCGGGAGCCGCCAUAUAACGGCAAAAUCGGCGGCAGACGCCGUUCAAUGGGCCGUUGAUAGCGAUGUGGAUGUGAUAUCGAUGAGUUGGACGAUCGAAACCGAUAGUCACGACAACAAGAAACUGAUUGGGCUUAACAAAGCACUCGCUGAAGCUGAAGGAAAGGAUAUCCUGAUGUUUUGCUCGGCAAGUGAUCAGGGUCUCAGCUCGAAGGAUGCCUGCUAUCCUGGUGGCUCCGGCAAAUGUAUCCGGAUCGGCGGCGCAUCGAGCACCGGGGACAAGCUUGCAUGGGUUCACGAGAGCUUCUUUGACUUCCUGUUUCCCGGGAAAAACAUACCGUUCACGAACAGCGAUGGGGCAACGCUAUCCUAUGAGUCGGGCAGUUCCGUCGCAACCGCUGCAGCUUCCGGCUUGGCGAGCGUUUUGCUACUCUGCGGUAGGAUCGUCGAUGGUCUUUGUGGAACGGUCGGGGACUCCAGAAGCUCGGCAGCGUAUUUCAGGCACAGACAGAAUAUGGUGCAAGCUUUUCGACAGAUCGCAUCAAAUGAUCAUUAUCCACGGGCCGGAGAUUGGUUCGAAAGUAAGUUCAAGGCAUUUCUGCAGGAAGCUGAGCCUGGAGAGCCUGGAAACAAUCGUCCCCUCUCCUUGGAGGUUGCCGAGGUACCAUGGGAUGAUAUUUCGAAGAAGGCCUUUGUAACUCUGGUGAAGAGACUCAAGCAGGAUAGCGAGGAAAAGCGCCCAAGCGGCGGAUUAGAGGAGAUACCUUCUGCACAUGGAGGCGAUGCGACCGUCUUAUUGCAGCUUUGGCUUCUAUUCCGUCAGUGUCAAGGACGGGAUCUGCUGUAG